CCACCCGUUAGCUUAGCUGGCUGGUAGCCACUGGUAGCGCGGCGUCAGUGACGCGGCGUCGUUGCGCGUCGCUCGGUGAGACUCUUUCGCAGGCGAGCGCGUUCCGCCGAGCCCAUCGUUACCGAGGCCAGUCCGCCGGGGCACCGCCGUAGCGUGCCGCAAAGUAGUCGUGUAAAAUGGCGGCGUACGAGGGCUCCGCUAACACGAAUCCGAAUUGCGAGGUGGUGCGCGGGCAAACGUUCGAGGUCGGGCCGCGCUACACAAAUCUGUCAUACAUGGGCGAGGGCGCAUACGGCAUGGUCGUGUCCGCCUACGACAACCUCACCAAAACGAAAGUAGCCAUUAAGAAAAUUUCUCCGUUCGAACAUCAAACGUAUAGUCAGAGGACCUUAAGGGAAAUAAAGAUUCUCACAAGGUUUAAACACGAGAACAUAAUAGAUAUAAGGGAUAUAUUAAGAGCGCCGGAUCUGGAGCAAAUGAAAGACGUGUAUAUUGUUCAGUGUCUGAUGGAAACUGAUCUCUAUAAAUUAUUGAAGACGCAAGCUAUUAGUAACGAUCACAUAUGUUAUUUUCUGUACCAAAUAUUGCGAGGACUGAAGUAUAUACAUUCGGCGAACGUGUUACAUAGAGACCUGAAGCCGAGCAAUCUGCUGUUAAAUACCACCUGUGACCUUAAGAUCUGCGACUUCGGUCUGGCAAGAGUCGCGGACCCGGAACACAAUCACGCGGGUUUCCUCACGGAAUACGUGGCCACGAGGUGGUACAGAGCUCCAGAAAUCAUGCUUAAUUCCAAGGGUUAUACCAAAUCCAUAGAUAUAUGGUCGGUAGGCUGCAUUCUAGCGGAGAUGCUUUCGAGACGAGCGAUAUUUCCUGGCAAACACUAUCUAGAUCAGUUGAAUCACAUUCUCGGAGUCCUCGGCUCGCCUCCACAGGAUGAUCUCGAAUGCAUCAUAAAUGAGAAGGCACGGAAUUAUCUCCAGUCAUUGCCGUUUAAGCCAAAGGUACCGUGGUCGAGUCUCUUCCCCAAUGCCGAUCCGAGAGCCCUGGAUCUCUUGGACAAAAUGCUGACGUUUAAUCCCAAUAAACGCAUCGUGGUGGAGGACGCGUUGGCGCAUCCAUACUUGGAGCAAUAUUACGACCCUGCCGACGAACCUGUAGCAGAGGAGCCGUUCAGAUUUGACAUGGAGUUGGAUGAUCUUCCAAAAGAAGUAUUAAAGCAGUAUAUUUUCGAAGAGACUCUAUUGUUCCAAAAAAAUCAUCAAGAGAAUAUGUAGUCGACUGGUAAUUGUUAAAUUGGUCUUGUGUCAUAUCGCUGGUCUUCUGAUCCGUUGAUAUCCGCUGACAAUCGAAUGCUAUUUUUCUUUCUUUUCGUCAAACAUGCUAUUGCUAGAAUCGCAAUAGCGGAUACGCGUGAUAAACUGAAAAAAGAAAUGAAAAAUAAUGGAAUGGAAUGGAACGGAAAAGCGUGAGCAAUAGAGCAGGAUUGGUGCGAAGGAUACGUGUUUUUAACAAUCAUCGUCAACUUUAUUCAUCGCUCGACUAACUGACGAGAAAAAUAUUAAGAUAUUGAUAAAAGAUUUAGUUCUGCGAUCAACGAACGAUUAAGGCCGAUUAGCUGGGUGAGUGAAACAGUGUCGCAAUGUCCACACAUACGUUUGUACAUUCGCAUAUCUUUUCGCUUGAAGAAUAAAAAAUAUGGUGUCUUAUGUUUUACCGGAUAGCAUAAUAUCAAUUGGCACAACAUGUAUCUUUAAUUUAUCAUCGUUCGUACCGUAUCGAACCGUAUCGUACCAUACCAUCUGUCUGUGAUUUAAUUGCAAGUUGCGUUGUGACGGUGUAAUAUGCGACGUACUUUGUCUUCAUUUCAUCGUCCUCUCUUGAAUUAUUUCUCUUUACCUCCCCCAGAAAGUGAAAUGGCUGAGAUUACAACGCGUAAAUUAUGUGCGACUAGGGCAAUACAUAUAUUCGGGUUAUCGUGCCUCCGAUAUUUUUUUCUGAUAUCGGAAAUAUCAUAGAUACCGGGGAUAUCGGAGUGCUCUAAACAUUCACUCUCUACGCGAUUCGAACGCUUAUAGGCGCGUUCGUGUUAAUAAUUCAUUUCGUAUGAUCGUUUUUCAUUUCUUAUGUAUGUACGUAUGAUUGUGUGUACGUACAUGCGUAGGUACGUACGUGUGUGACAGAAUUUCUUUUUCGUGUUUAAUCCGUUUAUGAUAGUCGAUCGUUAUAGCAAAUAUGCGACGUGCAUGUGCGCCAUGAUCGGCGCGUCUACACAAAUAUAAUAGUAUAUAAUUUAUAUUAAAAAAGAGAAUCGUGAUCUUCUUUCUGAGCGUGUGAUAGUAACGAUGGUGCCCGGAUUCAUAAGAGUUUAAAUGACAAUUCGAAUAGCAUGUGUAAGAAGGUCCCACGUUAGCAUUUCGGAGAUUUUACGAAUGUUACUGCAUCGUAUGAGUUUUGUCGCUCGUAGAGCCCUUCCGAAAUCGAUAUCGCAAUUCAAAAAGAAAUCUGUCUACGGUAAAGUCAAUUUGAAUCGCUAGAAAUCGAAUUCGCUAACUGAUAUCGAUAUAGCUCCAUUCGGCCUUAUUGAAAAUAUAUAUAGAUAGAGAGAAUUUUUUCUCAAUCCCAUUUCCAAGAAAACUAGGUUGUGAGAGAGGAAUGCGAAAAAUUUAGAAAACAAGACGAAAGAAAAAACCAAAACAGGGACAAAGUAUUUACUUCCUCUAUUAACUGUUACCAACCUUCACAUUCUUCGAUACUUCCAAUAAAUUAAUAAUUAAAGAAAAAUUCGUUGUUCGUAAGAUUCUUAUGUAGAUCUAAGGAUGCAUUUCUAGUAAUUACAUAUUCUCGUUGAAGAUGAUUCCGCGCUUCACACCUAAAAUGCGGGGCACACAACAGCGAGUAACAUUCUGUCGUUAUCAUAACGUCAUAAGUUCAAACUCCGUCGAUUUAAUACGUCAUAUGUAUCUUCCUUCGAUGUUUAUCCGUUGUAGCGCAUUCGUUUGGCAAAUUGUCGUGGAUAAGAGAGUUGAGAAAUCUCUUGCGGUUUACAAUUUUUCUUGCGCGCUACAUAGCCUUGUAUGUUACAAGGUACACAUAGAGUAAAAAUAGAUGACGAACAGUUUAAUUAUCUCACGUGAUGUAUACAUAAACAUAAUCUCUUCCUAAAAUGAAAUCAGUGUGAACGAGAUAAUCCUUCGUAACGACAGAUUCUAAAUUAGAUCAUGCCAUAUUAGAUAAUCCCAGGGAUAACGAAUUUGAAUGCUUUUAGUUGUAUGACGUAAAAUAAAUAAAUAUCCUUUUUCUCGCGAUUGAUUCUUAGUCGUUAUAAGAAUAUUCCAUGUAUGAGUACAAAGAAUUACUUUCAAGAUAGAUGUAUCGUGCUUCUAUAUUUCUUAUACGAUUUUCUUCUCGCAGGUAGAGGCAAAUUUAAAUUUAAAUUAAAUUAAAUUGACCUGUAAUGAAUCUUGCAACAAAGAUUUCGGAAAUCUUCACGCUAAUAAUGUGUCGUAGGUGUAAUAUUUUCCUUUGGGCUUGAUUUGUGUUGACGGAGAACCGUUGUACCAGUUUACGAUAAUAUGUCAGAAUUUAAUACAUUAAAUACAUAUUAAGCUAUUUUUCUUCUUGUAUAAAUCGUUUAACGGCGCUGGCUCCAAAUGACGGAGUCUUUUUAUGACCUUAUGUCACUACUGCAGGGUUAAAUAAGACGUGUUAUAUCAAUGGACAGUUCGUAUAGUAGAGUCUUUUUGAAGAUUUGCUCUCAUUCGAGGCCUUUUAAACAGUUCUUACAUACCGUAGAUCACGAUAAUAAAAAAUCGUGCGCUCAGCAAAAUUGUAAGCCGACGAGAAAUCGAAGCUCUUGCUGUCAAUGAUAAUUGGAUACGUAGUACAUAUAUUUGUGAUUGUGAUACAAAUGCGCGGUGAAAAACAUAUUUGAAGCAAGUGCUGACAAUGAGAUGCUGGCGAACGUAGGACGUUGCGCAUAAUUAUAUCGUAAUAUAUCGAUGAAUCAUUGUCGAUAUCAUCAGGCCUAAUAUACUUAAAGUUAUGUAUGUGUACUUGUUGUUGUUGCCGAUUCUUAUAUAUCCAGACGUUCACGGGAAAUUUUCGUCUGUCGAUUUUCGAUGUUAAUUGACGCGACGACUGUACCAUUGUAAAGAAGGGUAGAAGAAGAGGCAGCGGAGCGUGAUGAUAAAUUUACAUUGCCGUUUCCUCGACAAGUAGAACGAUAGUUGUUAGUCUUCGAGUGACGUUGACUAAACCAAAUCAUUAGCGUUUUUACGUAGAGUAGAAGGAAAAAAAGAGGAGGGGAAAAAAAGCCUUUGAAGAGAAAGGUCCGCACAACCGCCUCUUUAACAACGGGCAAGAUCGGCGUUUUUCACUUGCGCACAUCAAAUAUGUAAAAUAUGUUAUCUGCAUCAUGGAAGGAUCCCAUCGCGGGAGGAGUAUUUAUAUCAUCGCAACCAGCGUUUGAAAUUUGAGACGCAAAAAUCUGUAGAGCUGCGAUUCGAUUAAGUGGCUCCUGUUAGCUUUUCGAUUGAACAAAUAGCUGACAUUUCAUCUCUCUCUCUCCAAGAUUGUUUCUGUCCCUCGAUUUCCUGUCGUUUCCAGCAACUCUGAUCCCGCGCGAUCACGUUGAUCAUUCGACCCCAACGGCAAUAUCGUGAAAGAUAUCGUCUUGUCCGUUUCAAUUGUGUCGCUGUGAAUCAUUAAAAAUAGUUUUUUGUCGCCGAAGCUGCAUUCAUAGUGUUUAAAACGACUGUAAAUAAUAAUGAUAAUAAUAAUUAUAAUUAAUAGUGUUUUAUUAUUAUUAGCCUAUUGUUAUUAAUAGCGUUGAAAUUGCAAUGCUUUUAAUUACAGAGGAUUAUUCUGUUACAUUGGAAUAUCAAUCACGUUAAUCGGAUUUACUCCUCAGCUAAAUUUGCACAGUGAUUUUCGCGAAAAUUUUAUUUGAAGUAAAGCGCAAGAGGAACACAAUUAAUGAAAUAAUUAGAAAGUUAAAUUAAAGCAGUAUUUGAUACUGCUUAUCGUGAAUUUAAUUUUACGUCGAAUGACAAUGUAUGAGUUAUCAUACGAGCGAAAAGAUAAUCAAAUAAUAUAUGCGACUAAAAUUAAAUAAAAAUAAUAAAAAUAUCUUGCAAUGCGUUGUUUAUUCAACAAAUAUAAAGUAUAAUCGGAGUGCUGCUGAAAAAAAUGUAAAACAAAAGCCGUGAAAAUAGUAAAUGAAUCAUUUCAAUAUUUUUCGAGUUUGCAUCGAUUUGGACGUGAGUUAUCUUUUUGAAAUUACAAUAUCAAAUGGGGAAAAUUAUAAAUGAGAACCUAUGAAUGUAGCUGAGCAGCUAUUUGAGAAAUAAAUGUACUUACUGUGUUCUCUUUAUCUCUAAUUUUUUUAUUACCUCGAUGGCUGUUCCAAAUGAUUGUUAUCCGUGACGAGUCGUCCUAAUUCAUGUUAAUUAAAUUAUCAUUAUCGACUAUUGUAUUUUAAAUAGCUAUUCCAACUAUUAUUGUGCUAAUAUAAAAAAAGGUUCUAUUGGCCAAUUA